AUGACUUCUGAUUCGACGCCCGCCAAACCGGGCGGCAUGUUGUCACUAUACGCCAACCUGCUCGACCCUUCCGCCGACAACUCUCCUGGAACCAUUUCGCGCGCCCCAGUCGUGUUUAAGCAAGCAGAAGGUGAAGCUCAGUCGGAGGAAGCUGCCGCAAAAAAACAGGUCAACAAUGCUCUUCGAUUCCAACCGACAAAACGCCCACAACUCGCGACCCAGAAACCCAAGCCGAAGCCCACUCUACCGAAGGCGACUUCUGUAGCUCCGACCGCAGCUCCCGUCAAGUCCACGCUUGCAGACUGGGCGGCUACCGAAGAAGACGACGUCAAUGGCUUCUACACGGGACCUAAGAGGCAGCGCGGUGGCCGCAAGAAGCGCAAGAAGAACCGAGAAGCGCAGGAGUUUGUGCAGAACUGGGAUGACAUCUACGAUCCGUCGAGACCGAACAUAUACGAAGAAUACAGGCACAGUGAUGAGCAGAUAUCCGAAGUGCGAGAAUGGAAAGACCGUCUAUAUGCACACCGUAUGGCCCGUUCGCCGAGCAGAGACUCGUAUAGCGACGAGGAUUAUGGACGCCCGGUGAACAGGCAAUUUGCGCCUCCAAGCAGUUUCGCUCCACCUCCUAACCUCAACAAUGUCCCACAAGUGCCUCCUGAAGAUGUUGCUUCUGGAGAAGAUGCAUUCGCACGGCGAGCUCAAAUGGCAGCAAAUAUAGCUGACACCGAUAAAGCUGACUACUCGGCUCCUCCGCCUUCAGGACCGGCAGCUCCAAUUGAUGCACCGACUGGGGAUGAUGCUUAUCUGCGCCGUAUACAGAUGUCAGGACAGCAUCAACCUCCGCCGGCUCCGUCAAAUCCACUGCAAAAUAUUCAGGCACCGUCCGCAACGAUCUCGCGCGCACCUGUUCGAUAUACCCUCCCGCCCGCCCCUGACGACAUCCCUGCCUCGGAAGCGGAGCUUGAAGAAGUCCUCGCCAACGAGCAGCAGGCAGAAGGAGAGGCGGAAGAGGAUGGUCAGGAUGGUCAGCGCUCAUUACGUCCAGGUCAGAAAGGGUUCGCUGAGCGUUUGUUGGCGAAGUAUGGGUGGACUAAGGGAUCUGGCUUGGGUGCUACCGGUUCAGGCAUCGCGAAACCUUUGCAAGUUCAAGUCGAGAAACGCAAGAAACGGCCUGACUCCGAAGGUGGCGGCUUCAUCACGCCGGCUGGUAGAGGUAAGAUCAUCGGCGGCGCAAGAAAGCAAGAGGAUGUGGGCAAAUUCGGUGCAAUGAGCGAAGUCAUCAUUCUGAAAGGGAUGCUGGACGGAAUGGAUGUGGACGCAGAAUUGGCAGGCGAAGAGGGUGGUGGGUUAAUGCAGGAAAUAGGGGAAGAAUGCGGCGAGAAGUAUGGUCGUGUGGAACGUGUCUAUAUAUCUCGUGAUUCCAACCCGCCGGUGCCCGUCUUCGUCAAGUUCACCAACCAACUGUCUGCCCUUCGGGCCGUGAAUGCGCUCGAGGGUCGAAUAUUCAACGGCAACAAAAUAACCGCGCGCUUCUUUGACGCUCAGAAAUUUGAGCAGGCUGUUUAUGAGGACUGA